AAGGACGUACAGUUUUCGUUGCAGUCUAAACAAUCCGAAAAAAUGAUUAUGAUUCGAGGUAGUAUUGCUGAGCUGUGUCGGUGUUUCUUUUUCCGACAAUCAUUAUGCCACGAUCGCGACGGCAAAGUGAAUAAUAGUUUGCCUUGUUGGAAAUUAAGUCCAUAUUUUGGUGCCUGAAAAUUUCAUUUUCGAACGAAUAAGAGAUUUCGUAUUGCCCCGUUGUUAAAAAUAUUCACCCGAGAUUUGAAUGCGAUGAUUUUCAUUAGCAUCAACAAAUUGGCUGUCAUCGCAAUCGUUCAGUCAGCGAAUGAAGCUUGUUCAAGAAGCAGUAAAGGGGGAAUCGCGCUUUGAAGUAGACAAGAUCGCACUAACACAUACGCACAGGAGCAGCACAGAACCGAACGAAACGGUAGGAAAAGUGUCCCGGGUUACGGUUGGAGCGAUUUGGCAGCUGGAGAAACUGGAUUCUGCCACGGCCGGAGCAGAAAAAUCGAAUUCUUCUUCCUGCUACUCUACCUCCAGUUGGAGGAGCUUGAGAAGGUGAUGUUUGCCGUCUAAAACGGGAAACGUUAUUUCAUUCGACAGGAUCGACUAUGCGAGCAUAUUUUUGCUUCGGCUAACGUUGGAUCUACCUAAAUUGUGCAGUUUAGUGAAUUCCAGAAAUGAAUGGUACUUUUGAUGCAAAAUCGUCUAGCUCGUCAUCAUCGUCCUCGUCCGGUGGAGGAGGUGGGAGCAAUUCCGCCAGCGGAAACAGCGGAACAUCUCAGCUGAGUAAGGCUCCCCGUAACUACAAGCUUAUUGCGGACCCAUUUAUUCAUAAAGGAGUUCCGAAAAUCUAUCGCUAUGAUGGGAUUGUACCGGGGGAUCCCACCUACCCUCCCGUUAUACCGCGGGAUCCGAGAAAUCCGCUAGCACGAAUUAGGUCACGUUUGGAUACGUUGGAUAUACCGGUUCCCAGAUUCAAAAUUGACCAGCACUACAUUGGGGAACCACCUGCUAUUGAAAUAACCAUCACUAACUUGAACGACAACAUUGACAAACCAUUUCUGUCGGAUAUGUUGGCCAAAUGUGGAACGUACACGGAACUUUACAUCUACUAUCAUCCGUUAACCCACAAGCAUCUCGGAUUGGCACGAAUUGUGUUCGAAAAUGUACGCUCGGCUCGGCUCUGCGUGGAGAAGUUGAAUGGCACAUCGGUAAUGGGGAAGGUGUUGAAUGUCUUCAAAGAUGCGUUCGGUGAAGAAUGCAAACGUUUGUUGGAUGAACGAUCAAACGAGAGACAUAAACCACCGCCACCACCACCGCCUCCCACGCACACGGCGAAACCAAUACCCAGUUUACCUCCUAGCUAUGGUGAAUCGAAACCCCCACCGAAACCACCACUGCCACCGGCAGCUCCAUCGAGUUCUUCAUCUUCUCGGUAUGGUCGAAGUAGUGGCGGUGGAGGUGGCGAUAGAGGAGGAGGAGGUGUCAAACUUUUAACCGAUGACGAUAAUUGGGAUUGUGAGGAACCGAUCGUGACUAGAUCGAAACCAGCUCCCCCAUUACCGUCGUCGAGUUCGUCAUCGUCGAAGAAAAAUGUCCUCGCCGAUGAAACGGACCUGUGGGAUUCGGGAGAUUGUUCCGGAAGCGCUGGCAACAGUCAGGAUUCGAGUUACUUCAGUAAGGAAAAAUACUCGUCCACAGGUAAAAGUCUCGGCGAUGAGUGGGACGACGACAGUCGAGGUAAGGAGAAAUAUUACGAUCGAAAGGAUCGAGACGGAAGGAAACACGGUUAUCAGAAAAGUGAGAGACGGGAUCGGGAACGAGAUCGAGCGCGAGAUUAUGACCGAGGGAGAGACAAAGAUCGUGAUCGAGAUAGAGAGUGGGAUCGAGAACGGGACCGGGACCGGGAUCGUGACCGAAAUUGGGACAGCAGAGAAAGGGAUCGUUACGGGCGGGAUCGAGACAGCCGACGACGGAGCAAGAGUAGUGGUGGUUAUUGGUAUGGUGAUUCCGGAAGUUAUUCGAACGACAUGAGUUACUCGACCGGUGGCCGUGGAUAUUCGCAGUACGAUUAUUAUGGUUAUGCUACUUCGGAUUACGGUCAGUACGGUUAUCCGCUACCACAUUCCCAGGGAACACCGUAUGUGGCACCCGCGGUAGUACCUGCGACCACCGUAAACUGCACCUCGUCAUCGUGGGUACCGCCACCGCCGCCGGAAGAAAAACCACCGAAAGCUCCACCACCACCUCCAUCCCGGAAGCCAACUCUGGACGAUUUGGAAACGUGGGAUGAUGAUGCCGAUUUGUUACCGCCUCCACCGCCGCCGAAAGCUCCCUCCACACCACCGGAAGCACCUCCGGAGCCAAGUGCCGAACCAGCCGCCGAUGACGAUAAUAGUGGAUCGGGUCUGGAUUUGGAUACCAGAAUAGCGUUGAUGUUUAAGGAUAAAACUUUCGGUGCAGCACCUUUCCUGCAGCUCAGUGAUGCCGAAGACGAGGACAAAAAAGAAGAAGGCGAAGUAACAGAGAAACUUACUAAAAUUAAGAUCAAAGAGGAAGUGAAGGAAGAGCGGCCGCCCCGUCCUCCCGAGGAGGUACAGGUGAAAAAAGAGAUUAAACUGGAACCACCGAAAGAGGAAGGCGCUAGCGAUAUAUCGUCGAGUGAUGAUGAAAUUCUGGCCAAAGAAAGUCCUCCUCCACCGACCAAACCGCCGAUGUUGGACAUCAUCAAACGAGACAACGAUCAAAUGUCUUUAUCAAGUUUGUCGUCACACGAUGACAAAAAUGAGGAUUCGAAAGCUCCACCUCUUCCACCGGAACCGGUCCCCGAUGUACCUCCACCACCCGAACCGAGCGAUGCAUUUGCUUACGUUUACCCGCCCGGCAUAGCCCCCGGAAUGGGCUAUCCUCCGGCGCCCCCGGGAACCGAUCCUUCGUACUACUACUCCCAGUCGUAUUCGCAAAGCUCGUAUCAACAGUAUCAAUCCGGAUAUUACCAGAACAGCUAUAUGCCUUACGUGGCGGGCUUUGCCGGAGCUUAUCCAUAUCAUGUGCCGCAGUCUCAACCGUACUACUCACCCAGCAAAAAGGAUUCUGGCUACAACGAAGAACGCUUCCAUUCCUACAAUAACAGUUCGUCGUCGGGGAGGGAGCGGGAAUGCAAAAAGAGAAACCGGUACGAGGAUGCUAUCACGGCGGUCAUAGAACGUGUAACGACCGAGCUCAAGCAAAUAUUGAAAAAGGAUUUCAACAAAAAGAUGAUUGAAAACACAGCCUACAAAAAGUACGAAGCCUGGUGGGACGAGGAGGAACUGAAGAGUAAAGGAAACAAUCGAAACGUACUGAAUGACAUAACACCGCUUGGUUCGGCCAAACUGGACAAAGCUCCGGAUAUCAAUCAGUUGCUCAAUCAAACCUAUGACAACCUGGACAGCAACAGCAGCUACCUAGGUUUGGGACUACGGGCAACCAUCCCGAAAAUGCCAAGCUUCCGACGUAUUCCGAAGCAACCGAGCCCCGUUCCGCAGGAUGAAGAUUCUCGACGAAGCGAUCAGGAAGACAUGGUGCAGGGAUCGGACUCGGAAAAAGAAUCCGAAACGCAACCAUCGUCGCAACAGUCACGAAUCCGAACCCCGCCUCCGUCGGGAUCGUCGGCAAAUAUUUCCCUCACCAGAACGUCUUCCACUUCGGCGGCUUCGUCGCGCAUUGAAAAACGUAAACCCAGCGUUUCAUCGUUCUUCACAUCAACGAGCGAAGAGGAAAGUAGUGCCAGUGAGUCGGACGACAGUACGGAUACCGGUUCGCUGUCGGACGUUGAAAUGUCCUAUACCAGUCGCAAGCAACAUCAUCAGCAGCAGCAGCAGCAGCAUCAGCAACAGCAGCAUCAGCACCAGCACCAGUCGUCAUCUCGCGAAAAACGUGAUAAGCGAAUAUAUUCCGAUUCCGACACGGAAGACGAACCGGGACAAAGUGGUAGCAAGUUCCCGCUUCCGACCAGUAGUGCCGGAUCUCGCAGUAAAACGAAGAUAUAUUCCGAUUCGGAUUCCGACGAUGACGUUGGUAAACCGCCACUUAAGGAAAUUCUCCCUUCGAUCUCCACCGAAAAAGCUCGCAGCAGAAGUCCAGACCAUACAGUGCUUCCCCCCCACACAUCCUCCCGGGGGGCCACAACUCCACCCCAUCCUCCACCGGCGGAACAUUUGUCGAUGUUACCUCUGGAUCAGCUACACGAAGACCUCUCACCGGACGUCGAUGAAAGUCCACCGCUUCAGCAGCCCCCCCGAACACCCGGACGAGAAUCUCCCAAGAAGGCUCUCUACGAAUUGGACCGAAUUUACAGUGAUUCCGAUGAGGAACGUGAAUAUCAGGAAAAGCGACGUAGGAAAGCAGAAUAUCUGGAACAGAUCGAACGUGAAUUCCAGGAAGAACAAGCGCGGCUAGCACUGGAACGCGAACAGCAAGAGAAGGCAGCUGCCGAAGCACCACCAAAACCAGCACCAGCACCAGCUGCGCCAGUCGUCAGCAAAUCUCCCGCCAAAGGAGCUAGGAACUAUCGGAAAAACACCACAGUAUCGAUACUGGAAAAAACUCCAAGUUACGACGAUCCACUGACUCCACUCACCAGUCAACCGCCUCCGACGCCAGGUGCCGGAAUGCUAGAUAACUAUAAGGAUCCGUUAGCUGCCGCCCUUACCAAAAGUAGCAGUUCAACGGCGACAACCGCCAAAAAGAAGAAACUGGAAAAAGCAACCAAAACGAAAGCGAAAGGUGCUGGUGGUCGUAAGGCGAAGGAUACUAACGGAGUUCCCGCCAGCGUCAUUCCACCAUCCGAACCACUUGUACCGGCCCCCAUUCAAUCCAUGCCAAUUGUUUGUCCACCACCAGUCACAGCCGCAGCAGCAGCAGCAACAACGACACCUUCAAUUAUCACCGAUUUCCCACAACCAACACCGCCCCAGGCAGCAUCCGUUCCAGUCGUCGGUGGCACCCCGCGGCUUAGUUCGUCGGAUGAUUUAUUCUCGGCCGACGAAGAAACGGCUGCCCGACGAGCAGCGAAAGCAUCUCCCGCCUCGUCGGACGGUGGUUCCAGUCAAGCCAGUCAGGUGGCCCUGGACCAUUGCUACUCGCUACCGCCGUCGGCUUCACCGUCCUCAUCGUCACCCCAACCGCAGUCAGAUUCAUCCGCGCCGGUCGCCAAAUCUGCUAACAAAUACGCUCCCUCGUCCGAUGCGUUGGCACACGACCAUGGCUACACCAACAGCGACGACGCAACGGGAGGAACGGGAACACCACUGGCUGCUGCCGGUCACACGCAGAUACCGUCUGAUUCGACUCCGCCGGCACGGUCAGCCGAAUCAUCGCUACCACAGGCAGUUCCAAUUCCAACACCACCCUCGGCAAGUCGUUCGGUAGGACGCCCCAAAAAGGACCCCAAUGCACCGAAGGUCAAGCACAAAAAGCGCAACGAAAAACAAGAGAAGGCCGUCGCGGUUAAACAAGCGGCUGCAGUUGCGGUCCUACCACAAUUACUGGCCACCUACGGUUCAACGUUUGUGCCCGUUGCCAAGUAUCGCGAGCGGGACAUACGCUCGGAAAUGGCAGUGCUGUACGACUUCCUGACCCGUGGAAUCGAUGGCGAAGAUGUGCAGUAUAUCAAGCAAAGCUACGAACUGCUUUUGAGCGACGACACCAACAACUACUGGCUGAAUGCCACUCAUUGGGUUGAUCACUGUACGACCGAGAGAAGCUUUCUUCCACCACCGACGAAAAAGCGCAAAAAAGACAAGGAAUCCGUGUCCGACAUCAAACAGCACUCGACGGGAUCGGCCCGAACGCAAGGCUUCUACAAGAUCGAUCCUCGCGAAAAAGCCAAAUAUAAAUACCAUCACCUGAAGGGCACUCCGGCGGCUAACCAUCUGAACAAUAUUGAAACGGCCAAGGCUGCCACCAAGAUGCAAGGUUUGUCCCGUGAGGCCCGUUCCAAUCAGCGACGGCUGCUGACGGCCUUCGGUGCCAGCACCGAGUCCGAAUUGCUCAAGUUCAACCAGCUGAAGUUCCGCAAAAAGCAGCUCAAAUUCGCCAAAUCCGCCAUCCACGACUGGGGACUGUUCGCCAUGGAACCGAUCGCUGCGGAUGAGAUGGUAAUCGAGUACGUCGGGCAGAUGGUGCGUCCGUCGGUGGCCGAUUUGCGCGAAACCAAGUACGAGGCUAUCGGCAUUGGCAGUUCGUAUCUGUUCCGGAUCGAUAUGGAAACGAUUAUCGAUGCUACCAAGUGCGGCAAUCUGGCACGUUUCAUCAAUCAUAGCUGCAAUCCAAACUGUUACGCCAAGGUCAUCACAAUUGAGUCCGAGAAGAAGAUUGUCAUCUACUCGAAGCAGCCGAUUGGAGUGAAUGAGGAGAUUACGUACGACUACAAAUUCCCGCUGGAGGACGAAAAGAUUCCGUGUCUGUGUGGAGCCAACGGUUGUCGGGGUACGCUCAACUAAGUGCGCGAACGACGGUGUGUUAGCAGCCUCUUCUUAUUCUCGUGUCAGACCAGAAUGCUCAUAAUGAAAUUUUAGCUGAGAUAAGUCGAACGGACGGUCGGUCGGAUAGUGAUUCAAAGAAUGAACAAAUCCGUUGUAAACCAGAAUAGAGAAACAAGAUUUGCUUUGUUAAAUUUAGCAAUAGAAGAAAAAAAACAAGCUUUGCUUCGAAGCUCCAAUAGCCAACCUACGCCGUUGUAGAAGGGGAAAAGUUAUCAUUCGGAUAGGUAAAUGAAAUCGAAGUAAUAGCAAACGUCAUGAGAUCCAUUUGUACAUCAUUGUCAUGUAUGUAGAUAAGUGAAUUUUUGUUUCAACAGCCGUAAGCAUAGUACCGAGGAGCACUGCUGUUCGUUGUUUGCAUUUCCUGUUUCAGGCAAAUCUUAUGUAAAUAACAUUGAUUUAAGAAUAUAUUCAACAUCGUAAGUAA